GCAGCGGGGGUUGGGGGCUGUGUGGGGCUCGCUGUGGGUCCGAGGAGGGCGAGCAGUUCGGCCGGCGGGCGGGCAAUGGCGGGGGCCGCAGCGGGCGGCAGAGGCGGAGGUGCCUGGGGGCCGGGUCGCGGAGGGGCCGGGGGGCUCCGGCGGGGCUGCUCUCCCCCAGUCCCUGCCGGCUCCCCCCGGGCUGGUCUGCAGCCGCUCAGGGCCACCGUCCCCUUCCAGCUGCAGCAGCCGCACCAGCGCCGGGACGGGGGUGGCCGCGCAGCCAGCGUCCCAUGCAAUGUGGGCCCAGAAAAACCAGGGUGGAGGCCUCAGCCACCCCAGGUCCGACGUACAUUCUCCUUGGACACCAUCCUCAGCUCCUACCUUCUGGGCCAGUGGCCACGAGAUGCUGAUGGGGCCUUCACCUGCUGUACCAAUGACAAGGCCACCCAGACCCCCCUAUCCUGGCAAGAGCUUGAAGGCGAGCGGGCCAUCUCCUGCACACACAAGCGCUCAGCAUCCUGGGGCAGCACAGACCACCGGAAAGAGAUUACCAAGUUGAAGCAACAGCUGCAGAGGACGAAGCUGAGCCGCGGUGGGAAAGAGAAGGAGCGGGGCUCCCCACUGCAAGGGGACCAUGCCGUGCGGGGAGCACGGAGGGCGUCCCCUCCCAGCUUCCCCGCAGGGUCCCCUGUCCUGAGACUCAGCCCCUGCCUGCACCGGAGCCUGGAAGGGCUCAACCAAGAGCUGGAGGAGGUGUUUGUGAAGGACCAGGGUGAAGAGGAGCUGCUGCGGAUCCUUGAAAUCCCUGACGGGCACCGCGCCCCAGCUCCCUCCCAGAGCGGCAGCUGUGAUCACCCCCUCCUCCUCCUGGAGCCUGGAAACCUUGCCAGCUCUCCCUCCAUGCCCCUGGCAUCCCCCCAGCCUUCUGGCCAGACCAGCCGUGAGGAGCACCGGGGUGCAGCCGAGGAGCUGGCAUCUGUCCCCAGCGACAAAGCUUCCUCUCCAGGCCACCCCACCUUCCUUGAAGAUGGCAGCCCAUCUCCAGUCCUUGCUUUUGCCGCCUCCCCUCGGCCCAAUCACAGCUAUGUCUUCAAACGGGAGCCCCCAGAAGGCUGUGAGAGAGUACGGGUGUUUGAAGAGGCCACGUCCCCAGGUCCUGACCUGGCCUUCCUGACUUCCUGUCCUGACAAGAACAAAGUCCAUUUCAACCCAACCGGCUCGGCCUUCUGCCCCGUCAGCUUGAUGAAGCCCCUCUUCCCCAGCAUGGGCUUCAUCUUCCGUAACUGCCCCUCAAGCCCGGGAUCCCCCCUUCCCCCUGCCAGCUCCAGGCCACCGCCUCGGAAGGAUCCAGAGGCCUCCAAGGCCUCCUCACUGCCCUUUGAGCCGUGGCAGCGCACCCCACCAUCAGAAGAGCCUGUGCUUUUCCAGAGCUCCCUGGUGGUCUGAGGGAGCUUUACCUCCACUUUACCAUGGAGACCAGUGCCUUGGUGGCAGGACCCUCCCUAGCUCCCCUGAGGUGGGGGAUGAAGGAGCCCUUCCCUCUCGGCCUUUGAGCACUUUCAUUUAUCGUGUCAAAGCCCUGGGUCCUCUUUCUGAUGAACACUGGCCCCUUCAAAUGUGAGGGGACCUGCUUUGUCCACUAAUAGCUGGGCAGCUCACAAGUCACACCUGUGUUCUUGCCACCUCUCUCACUUGGUGGAAAACUCACCCAGAAGGUCUUGGGUCUCCCACUCCUGGGUAUGAGUCCAAAGGGCUGUGUACGGGACCCCUGUCUUUAUCAUGGAGUGAGCUGGCCAUGGUUGAAGGAGAGGAGACACCACAGAUUUCCCUCCCUCUCCUUCAGACAUAGACAAGGAGACCCAAACAGAUACCCCCAUCCUCUCAGUCCCAUCCGCAUGCCACCUUCUCACUAGAGGAGCUGACCAAAGCAGCCUGAAAGGGGCAUGACACUUGACCAAUCCAGCUGCUGGCAGAGGGGGAACCAGGCGUUUUCCCAAGUGGCGUUUUCAUCUCGCUUUCACCCUAAGAUUGUCUUAAGUAGCAGCCCAGCCUGCCCAGCCCCAGGUGGGUCAUGGGGGAGAGGGAGAGCUGGCAUUCCUCUGGGUGGCAAGUGGCGACUCUCCACCCUCCACCUUCCCCAGGACUGGGUUGGAUUAGGAAAAUGCCUAUUUUUCUUGUAUCGAUGUAGAAACUCUAUUUUCUCCCAAAGACACUAUUUUUGCAGCUGUUUGAAGUUUGUAUAUUUUCCGUACUGCAGAGCUUACACAAAAUUGAAGAAGAAUGUUAAUGUUCAAGUUUUAUUAUCCUGUGUUUAGAAGGUUUUUUUUUGUUUUUGUUUUUUUUUUGCAGAUCUUGGUGUUAAUAGACCAAAUAAAUAAGUAUUCCCAGCAGCUUGA